AAUUAGUUAAACACAUAAACACACAAUGACACACAAUUAAACAGAAAAUUGUGGUCCUGUCGUGUAGUUUAGAAAAUGCUUUUCCCAAAAUCAAAAUGAAUUUAUUUUUAGUUUUUAUGUAUUUAAAGUCAUUAGUUGAAUCUUAAUUUAAAUUAAUAAUUAGAAGGAGAAGUAAUCCAUAAAACCAAAAAAUAUUCAAGAUAACCUAACUUUUACAGGAGACAUUGAAGAUACAGAGGUAAAAAUGCUAAAAAAUCUAUUAUUAAAGCCUUCAAUGUUAAGGUACUGCCUUAGAAAGUUUAGUUCAGAGAAACAAUAUCCAAAAAGGAUAUUUUCAGGCAUCCAACCAACCGGUUCUAUACAUUUAGGCAAUUACUUAGGAGCGAUAGCUCAGUGGAUUAAUCUUCAGAAUAACAACGAGGAUCUGAUUCUGUGUAUUGCUGACUUACAUUCAAUCACUCUUCCACAUGAACCGGAAAAUCUGUCUAGGAAUAUAAUUGAGCUAGCUGCUACGUUACUGGGCUGUGGAAUUGAUCCAGAAAGAACAAUUUUGUUUCAGCAAUCGAAUGUGCCAGCUCACGCAGAGCUGUCUUGGUGUUUGGGCUGUAUUUCGACAAUGGCUAGAUUAGCUCACUUGCCUCAGUACAAAGAAAAAUCAGCUAGUUUGAAGGAUAUUCCUUUGGGAUUGUAUAUUUACCCUGUUCUACAAGCGGCAGAUAUUUUAACAUAUAAGGCCACUCAUGUACCCGUUGGAGAAGAUCAGAUACAGCAAAUACAGUUAUGUCAGGAAUUAGCCAGGAUGUUUAAUAAUCGAUACGGUCAGACAUUCCCUAUUCCACACACAUUAAUAACAUCUAGCGAGUAUGGUAGGAUAAAGAGUUUAAGAGAUCCAUCAAAGAAAAUGUCGAAAUCCGAUCCGGAUGCCAAAAGUAGGAUAUGUUUGACAGAUAGUAUUGAUGAUAUUGUUUCGAAAAUUAAGAAAGCAGUUACAGAUUGCACAUCACAGGUUACUUAUAAUCCAGAUGAGAGACCGGGGGUGUCCAAUCUCAUAAGCAUACACUCUUUUGUUACUAAAAAAUCAGUAGGUGACAUUUGUAGAGAGGUGGAAGGCUUGAACACCGGACAAUAUAAAACAGUGGUUGCUGACGCAGUUGUGUCAUAUGUAAAGCCCAUACAAGAAUCAAUAGCUCGAUAUAUUAACGAUCAGGGAUAUUUACUAGAGAUAUUAAAUAUCGGGAAAAACAGAGCGUCGGAAAUUGCCAAUGAAAAUUUGAAACAAGUUCACGAAAAUUUAGGUUUAAAAGUGCCACUGAAAGACAGGAAAAAGAUACCGUUCCUAAAAUUUUAAUGAAAUUUUAAAGAAUUUUUUUUUGGUAAAAAUUUAGUAUUGUUGAUUUUAUUAUUUAAAAUAUUUGUAAUAUAUUGUGCCCUUCUUCUAAUUAGCACUGAUGGGGCAGUGUGUGUAGUUUUUAUUGAUGAUACCAUAAAUGCAAUAAAUAUGUUUAUUGCAAUAAAUAAAUAAAUUAAGAUAGAACUAUAUUAAAUAUAUGAUUUAAAAAAAAUAUAUAUUU